AUGCAGCUCAGCAAACUUCUGGCAACCGCCAGUGUUCUUUCUGCGACGGCCUUCGCCUAUAAGUAUGAAAGGCUCAACCGGAAUGAUUCGAUGAUUUUUAUUGUCGACCAUCAAGUCGGUCUUUUCAGUCUCGUCCGCGAUUUGGAGCCUACCUACUUUAAGGCCAACAUCAUGGCCCAUGCCGUUCUGGCCAAAGCCUUCGAUCUACCCGUGGUUAUGAGUACAUCUAUCGAACAUGGGCCCAACGGACCCAUUCCGGGAGAAAUCCUGGAUAUGUUCCCUGAAGCACCCAUCAUCAAGCGCCCUGGUGAAGUCAAUGCAUGGGACAACCCCGACGUUAGAGAUGCCAUUAUCGCCACGAACAGGUCGCAGAUAAUUAUUGGUGGAAUCAUGACGGAUGUGUGCACUGCAUUCGCUGCUCUGUCUCUCCGCGAAGCUGGCUAUGGAGUUUGGGCCAACAUCGAGGCUUCCGGGACUGUUAACGAGAUGGUCCGCGAUGCUUCCAAUGAUCGGAUGAAGGACGCAGGUGUUCAAUUGGUGUCCUUGUCAGCCAUUUGGGGGGAGCUGAUGCGGGACUGGCGUACGCCUCCUACUGGCAUCAACACCUUCGCUUUCAUGGACGAAUACGUCCCCAGCAUUGGCAUGUUGUCCAGGGGCCACCGGGCGGCUGUCGAAAAUGGCACUUUAGUGCCUGGAGAAGACACACUGCCAAGCUCACCCCGAUAA